CUCAAUUUAGCACUGUUUACUCUGUGACGUAACCGCGUUGCCAAGCUGAACACUCAUUUGUGUUCUGAGCCAAUUUUUUUCAAGAGCAUCUAUAAUAGCACCUCAAAAAAAAACGUCCUUUCUGGUAUACAAAAUAUGCGAAACAUUUUCCUAAGCUUCAGCGACACCUGAAAAUGGUUUUACGGAAAAAAUCAUCCCGACCUACUCCAAAAACUGCUACAGAUUGUUUCCGCCUUUGUUUCAUUUUCAAGUAUACAAUACUUGAAAUUUAAGUGAACAACAUUCAAUAUUAAAAACAUUUGUUUCCCAAUUUGUAAACUCCCACGUGAUAGAUCUUCAUCUUUUUGUCAGUAUUCCUUCAGGAAAUUAUAAUUGUAUUUGCAACAUUUGUUGUUUGAUCUCUGUUUUUGUAAUUUAUUAAUGGUGUUGGCCCGGCCCUAAUUACUUUGAGGUGAAGCAAAUUAAAUUGCAUCAAAGAUUUCUUCCUAAUAUAUUAUCGUGUGUUCGCUGUUUAUAGACCAGGGAAGCAAUAUAUUAUUGGUGUUGUAUCGCUGGAUAAAUUAAUAAAAAACUGAUUUAUACUUUUUGUUAUAGCUGCUUCCAAAUCUGAAGAUCAUCUUCGCCCGCCUAUUCACACUAUUCCCCAGAGCUUAUUACUCCUAAUUUCUAAAUAAGAGAGGGAUAACAGAAUUAUCUCGACAGGGUUUUCCCAGAUAUCUCCACUUGAACUUCCAGUUUUGAUCUGAUUUUACUUGAAAAAUUUCCCUCAUUUGACCAGGAAAAUUAUUUUGACAUUGAAUUAAAAUACUUUGUGCUAAAAUUCGAGGCUUACUUUUUUCACACCGAAGGUUAUAAAAACAACUUUCCUGGAUAUUGUUUAAUAGCUACUCUUUUUCAUACUAUUUUUUUAUCUUCGAUAUUAUUACAAUACCGGUGAGGUCUUAUAUCUUUGUGAUGAUAGAUCUUACAAUGAUAGAUCAACCCAGAAAUCCUUUGCAGAAAUUAAUUUGAGAGAAACGAGCGUCUAAAAACAACGUUACUCGUUGAAGGUAUCGAUUCAAAACCUAAUCAGGCUUCAUUUUUCAACGGUUCAAGAAAAACUUUUCAACUACCGGAGCAAAUAGAACUAUCAAAACAAGAAUUAAAUAUAGAUUACAACCUCUUGUUUUUUAAAUCUACAAUACAAUAAAUUACUACAAAACAGCACAGCUGAAGUGAGGUCAAAGGUCAAUAAGAGAUGUCUCAAACGGAUGAGCAGAAUGAGACGAAUGAGCAGCAGGCGAAGCCCAAGUCUAAGAAGAAGGCGAAAAACACGAAGCUGGAGCCCCAAGUGACUUUUGACGAGAAUGGACAAGCGGUCUACCCGGCAGAUAUGAGCGAAACGGACAAAGUUGUGUAUCAGUCGAUGGAGAGCACCAAACGGAUGGUGGCACUCUGCGAAGAGAGCAAAGGCGCCGCCAUCAACACACUUGUCAACCUCGAUGAUCAAGGAGAGCAGUUGGACAACAUAGAGGAGGGGCUGGACACUCUUCACGCAGACAUGAAGGAGGCGGAGAGUGCGCUGACUGACCUGAACAAGUGCUGCGGCUUGUUCACACUUCCAUGGGACAAAGUGACCAGUCAUCAGGAGGAGCAGGACAAGCGGAUCUGGAGCAAGAAGAGUCAGGACGGGCCGGUGGUGGGGUCCCAGCCGGGCGGGGUGCCUCUCAGCUCCACGGGGGGCUGCAUGAUGAGUGGCAAAUAUAUCGGCAGAGUGGUGGAUGAUGAGCGGGAAGAUGUUAUGGAGGAAAACAUGGAGCAGGUGGCGGGCAUAGUGACCAAUCUGAAACACAUGGCACUGGACAUGGGUAGCGAGAUUGACAAUCAGAACCGACAGCUUGACAGAAUCAAAGACAAGGCCAACUCCAACCAGCAGCGAGUGUCCGAUGCCAACAAGCGCGCCACCAAAAUACUCGGAAAAUGACCCCUCCUCUCUCUCAUUCCCUUCCCACUCCCCCCAUCCCUAGGGACAACGGACACACCACAAGAGACAGAGAGGUCACGUGAUAAAGCGAAACAAUAAACUAUUUUUGGAACCAAUGCCAGUUAAAGUGUUCGAAAGCAGAGUUUUCAUGCUCAAUCAGAGCUAAAUUUGUCUGAGGUAAAAAAAAUGCACCAAAUUACCACAUAAAUUGCGCUUCUAUGAAGUUCAUUGCAAUAAAAUUGCAGUUGUUUAAAUUCAAAUCAAGACUUCUAGCAAAACGGUUUGAAGUUAAUGUUCUCUCUAAAUUUUUGAUGACGUGUUAAAAUUGUACAAAUAAUAAUAAGUUUGUUUGUAUUAUUUAAUAUUCAUUUAAAAAAAAAACAAUUGAAAUAUAAUGCGUUGAUUUUUUAAUAUGAUAAAUUGG